AUGAUCCCAUUCGAACUAUCCUUCACUGAAUACCCCUUCCCAAAACUUAGACAGAACCAAAAUUAUGAUCACGAAAACUAUUGCACAGGCUUAGCCGUCGCUCGGCGCCUGGGUGCUGGCCGUCGACUAUGUAUCGCCGACUUCUCCGACGGAGUCCUCUCCGCCGCACAGGAAACCUUGACAGACGACGGUUACAUGGUAGGAACAUUUCAUGUAGAUGUUUCUGACUAUGCAUCCGUCAGCGGCUUCGCACAGGCUGCUGCAUCACAAGGUCCCAUCGAAGGAGUCAUCCACACAGCCGUGCGCAAAAAUUCCUUGGAAGUCGACCUCCUCGGCACCGCCAAAGCUAUUGAGGCAUUCUUCCCCGGAGUAUUUUCUACAAAGGCCGGCAGACAGGAGAUCAAUGGUCCAGCUGGGAAAUUUAUUGCCAUGAGCCCUGUGGGUCGUUUGGGCACGCCGCAGGAUAUUGUGAAUGCUGUGGCAUUCUUGACGAGUUCGGAGUCGUCUUUUAUUAAGGGCAAUGGUAUACUAGUGGAUGGUGGGCCUUAUAUGACCCUGUCUAAUGCGCACCAAACCACCCUGUCCGAACACUGGGUGCUGUCUAGUAAGCAAGGAGUUAAAGUUGGAUACUGGCCACACAUGAAAGACAGUGAUAUUAUGGCCGAAGGCUAUUCUAAAUUCUGCCCCACUGGAAAAUCUACAUAUGAACGGAACGUAGACGUUUCUGGAUGGUAA